AUGUCCGAUAUUGACUGGGAAGACUUGUUUGGCGUAUCCGAUGACAACGACCAUGACAACGACGACGCCAACGGUAUCCCGGGAUUGAAGUUGGCAAAGAAUGCCUUGACCCAUGAGCAGCAGAUGCAGCUUGUAUAUGCGAUUGCCGAAGCCGAUUACUUUCAGGGAGGCAAACUCGAUCAGGCAAUGUGCUUUGGUGACCUUGGUCCUUUUGAGUGGGUGGAGCCGUGGAUUAGAGACGAGUAUCCCAACUUGAUGCCAUCACGUAUUCUGGAACGAGCAUGUUUGUUUGAUCAAGCCAUUAUCAAUCUUUAUCACAAAGGACAAGGGAUCAAAUCACACGUCGAUCUAAUGCGAUUUGAUGAUGGCAUUGUAAUCAUAUCACUGCUUUCAUCAUGCGUGAUGGUGAUGAAGCCUGUCGACCCAGCAACAUUGCAACAACGAGGUGCUAUUCCUAUUCUUCUUCGUCCUGGCGAUGUAUUGGCUCUAUCGGGUGCAGCACGAUAUGAUUGGGAACAUGGUAUUGAAGAGCGGAUGGCAGACGAGGUAGAUGGCGAAUGGAUAGAACGUGGUACCAGGAUCAGUGUCACUCUUCGAAAGCUUUUAGUGAAAUAA